UGAACCAAAAAAAAAAGGUCUAUGGUAUAGAUUCAUUUGUUGCAUUAUUUUUAUUUUCUCUGAUUAAUUUUUAUUAUUUUUUUCCCUAAAGAAAAUUGUUUCUGUUAUUUAGGAGGAAUGGUUAAUGCAAGUUUAGCGUAUGAAAUACUGUUAUAUAUUAACUCGUUUUAUUUCGGUCUGUUUGCGACAUGUGAAUUGGGUACUUUAAUUUUGAAAUCAGUAUUGAUCAUAGAAAAAUACGAUAUUGAGAAAAAUCCAACGAAAUUAGGCCAGGAUUAUGGAGUUCUAGUAGGAUUAUUUAUCAUCGAAGCAGCGAGAUUAACAUUAGGUAGAAGAGGGAGUCUCAGUGAAAGAGAUAAACCGGUGAUGUUCUCUGUACCCUUGACACUCCCUUCGAUUGUUGGAGUCCUAUACCUCCUGAUAUGGCAAGAAGUGGUGCUUCGCAUUGAAUAUAUUUGGUGUACACUGAUGCUGUCCUUACAGAUGCUGGAGUUCAUGUUUGCUGUAAUGUUUAUUGCAACUAUGUGCAAAGAUCCAUCAUAUGAUUAGAUAUGGUUUGUUAUUUACAUUUUACUAAAUAAAAAUGCCUUAGCUAGUGUUUAUAAAGUAUAUUUAUUAUAAGUUGCAAAUAUAUACAUAAGCACAUUAAACACUUGAAUGUAUGAUUGAUGAAGUUAAAACUAGUGCA